CUGGAUUUCAGUGACUUAAGUAGAGGUACCUGCUGGGAGCCUUUGUAUCAGGCACCUGCCUUCCUCUACAGUGGACAUUAUUGCCCUGGCCCAGCUCAGCAAUGAUCAGCAACAGCAGCUACUACAGGUGAGGCAAGACAUGACAACACCAUCUGAUUUCUACUCUCCAUCCCUUCAUACUGGACAGAACGCCUACCUACAGCAAGCACCUACCCAGCAGGUACUGUCCAGAAGAAGACAGGUUCUUCUUUCUAUGGUGGACUCCCAGAUUCCAGUAUUGGGUUUUGGAUCUCUUGCCUCUGUCCCCCAGCAGCCCCCUCUCGUUACAGUUGGGCAAGCCAUGCAACCCCUUCACCCACUUUCAAAUUCUGGUCGAACCCAUUCAAACAUGAGAAAUGAGACACAUUCAGCAGAUACAAAGCAGCUGGAUGAUCACAGGAGGACAGUGGGUGGAGUAGGGCCAUGCGCCCCCUCAGCUGGUGGACGGACAAAGACUUCAAAUUCAAAUUACGGGGUUGUUGGAAGUCAGCGCUUUGUAUAUCAGACGGCUCUCGCUCCGGAUACCUCGAGUUGGACGCUCAGACCUUGGGACAGGCCUAAUCGAGAUACUGACCACCAAAACUCAAGAGAACCCAGUAAUGGAGGGACCCCUGCCCCUAGAGAGCCAUAAUACUCUCCAUCUUUUCCACCUUACUUAAGUUUGACGUGACCAUGGUUAACAUCUAAUUCCCAUUGCCAGAGUCAACUGGGAGCCAAUAGGGAACCUCCUCAUUAUACAGGGGUUUCAAAUCUCCAUUCUAUAUUGAGUCAAAUAUGUUUAUUGGAAUUUCUUCUACCGUCAACUUGCCCACGCAGCUUUUUUUCCCCCCUUUUUUCUGAUAAAUAAAAGAAUAUUUUCUCCCA